ACAGAGAGAUUAUAGAUCUCUAGAGACGACGAGAUGUUUGCACUUGAGGUAAAGAGCACAGGAGAGCAGCAGAGGAUCCGCAGCAGCGUCUCACGCUCCUACACAUACAACAACCGCGCUUUCUGCUUUCCCAUUUUAAACAUCUGCUGCUCGGCGCCUCCCCCUCUGUAACAUCUGCACUGGAUCGGUCCGGGGCGACACGUAUUAAUGUUCCUGAGCUGCGUGAGCCAUUCCACUAGCAUUAGGGGGGCCGGAUAGGACGUCAGGGUACAAAGGGCUGUGCCGGCUGAAUGGGAGGGGAGUGUGAGCCCAGGCAUGUUGCUAUUACACAACUAUGCGAAACAUUCACUAGUGCUGGGAGCCUGGGAACACUGUCUCACCUCUGCUUAGCGCGGCGCACACAACUGACAGUUGCUAAGAUUGAAUCCUGUUGGGAAGAUGGAGCUAAAUGCAAUCUCAUUAAUUCUGGUUAGUCUUUGCUGUAUAUGGCAAGUCCAGGCAGAGGUCUUCACAUCAACAGGUCACAUGACUGAUCUGAUUUACAGGGAGAGAGAUCUUGUGCAAUCUUUGAAAGAAUACAUUCGGGAAGAAGAGGAACGUCUUUCUAAAAUAAAAAGCUGGGCAACUCAAUUAGAUGAACUGACUAGCAGGUCAACUGCUGAUCCAGAAGGAUACCUUGGGCACCCGGUAAAUGCAUACAAACUUGUGAAGAGAUUUAACACGGACUGGACAUCACUAGAGAGCCUUGUGCUUCAGGACUCGACAAAAGGAUUUAUUGCCAACCUCACGUUUCAGAAAGAAUAUUUUCCAACUGAAGAAGAUGAAAAGGGGGCGGCCAAGGCUCUAAUGCGCCUUCAGGACACAUACAAACUUGAUCCUGACAUUAUUGCUAAAGGAAAAUUACCAGGAACGAAUUACAUUUCAUCUUUAUCUGCGGAUGACACCUUUGGUAUGGGGAAAAUUGCCUACCAUGAUGGUGAUUAUUACCACACAGUUCUUUGGAUGCAGCAGGCCCUGAAGCAGUUGGAUGAAGGGGAACGUGCUGAAAUUAGUCAAGUGGAAGUUCUGGAUUAUCUCAGUUACACUGUCUUUCAGCUUGGUGAUGUCCCCAGGGCAGUUGAACUUACGAAAAGACUCUUGGCUCUGGAUUCAAACCACGAACGAGCUGGCAACAAUCUGAAGUAUUUUGAGAAAAUGCAGGAGAAAGAGAAAGCAGAACUAAAGCAGAAUGAGAGCACUCAGACAGAGACAGCCACAAGGCAACCAGGAGUCUAUAGCAGGCCAUUGGACUAUUUGCCAGAGCGGGAUGUCUAUGAAGCCCUGUGCCGGGGAGAGGGUGUCAAAAUGAAUCCACGAAGGCAAAAGAGACUUUUCUGUAGAUAUCAUAAUGGAAACAGGAAUCCAUACCUAAUCUUGGGUCCGAUUAAAAUGGAAGAUGAGUGGGAUAGUCCACGUAUUGUCAGAUAUCUUGAAGUCUUAUCUGAUGAAGAAAUAAAGAAGAUAAAGGAACUGGCAAAACCAAGGUUAGCAAGAGCCACAGUGCGGGAUCCUAAAACUGGCGUUCUAACAGUGGCCAGCUACAGAGUAUCUAAAAGCGCAUGGCUAGAAGAAGAGGAUGAUCCAGUAAUAGGACGUGUGAAUUCUCGCAUGCAGGCAAUAACAGGGCUAACAAAAGACACAGCAGAAUUACUGCAGGUUGCCAAUUACGGUAUGGGAGGGCAAUAUGAGCCACAUUUUGAUUUUUCAAGGAAAGAGGAACCUGAUGUUUUCAAGCGUUUAGGCACUGGAAAUCGUGUGGCCACUUAUUUAAACUAUAUGAGUGAUGUGGAGGCUGGAGGAGCAACAGUAUUUCCUGACUUUGGGGCAGCGAUUUGGCCCAAAAAGGGCACUGCUGUAUUCUGGUAUAACCUCUUCAGAAGCGGUGAAGGAGAUUAUAGAACACGACACGCAGCUUGUCCUGUGUUAGUAGGUUGUAAAUGGGUUUCCAAUAAGUGGUUCCAUGAAAGAGGACAAGAAUUCCUGAGGCCUUGUGGAUUGACAGAGGUCGACUGAUGUCCAAAUUUUGAAAAAAAAAAUCCCUUUUUAUUAUACUGGUGCUAGUUGGAUACUGAGGACUUAAAAGGGUUGUUCACCUUUGAGAUAACUUUUAGUAUGAUGUAGAGCAUGAUAUUCUGAGACAAUUUGCAAUUGGGUUUUUAUUUUUUUUAUUAUUUGUGGUUUUUGAGUUAUUU